GUUUUGGCUCAUGCAUUGAAAGGGUCCGCUUCUUCUUUCGCUGCUCUCUUUGGGUUCUCCGGCUAUGGGACUUCUCGACAAGCUGUGGGACGAUGUAGUCGCGGGGCCAAAGCCAUCCGAGGGCCUUGGCAAGCUGAGGAGGAAGAGCAAUCCAGCGGGUGAGAACGGCGAUCGGCGAUUCCAGCAGCGGAGCAAGAGCAUCGCUGUUCCUAGGCGGCCGCCGGCCUUGAAUGUCGAGUGCGAGGCCUCGUCGCCCUCUUCGUCGUCGCUGCCGUCGACGCCGCUGGGAUCGAGCCCUCUAAAUUCCCCAUCGCCCGUGCCAUCUCCGGCCUCGAGAAUGCGGCACAGUCUGUUUCGUCAAUGCAACAAUAGUUUCACGACCCAAUCCGAUCUGAUGGUCAUUAGUGCUCUGGACAAGUGAUCGAUCGUUACGAUCUACACUUGGAAGAUCUGUAAGAUCCCUGGUGCGUAACGCGGCCUGGUCCUGCGCGGUGGCUCUCAUCCAAAGCCAUCGAUGGCGAUGAAGAUGAUGAUGAAAAAUAGUGUAAAGUUUUGUAUCAAAGUACCUUGUGUGGUCUUGGGACUCGAAUCCCGCCCUUCUAAGAAAAAGAAGUGAUUGUGUGGUCU